CUGCCGAUGAGUCUGCCCCAACCAAUUCGGCAGACUGGACAACAGCCCGCAGAACCAUGCGCGGGCUGCCCAUCCCUGGCAAUCAUACCAAGGGUUAGUCUAGCGUUGGUGACCCUUAAGUACACUCUCGCUCAUACCAUGGCAGUGAAGAAGACCAAAGUGGUCGUCAAGCACGAGCUGCCCGCGGGCAAGCUGGGCCUGACUGCCGUCGGGAGCCCGCCCGCGGUCGGCUCGGUCAGGACCGACUCGCCGGUCGCGGGGCAAGUCGCGCCCGGGGACAUAAUCGUCGCGCUCACCCGUCCGGGCUUGGGCGACGUCGACACGACGAACCUGGAUGGCCAGGCGGUGAUGGACACGCUCAUUAAGUUCGCCGACCGGGAAGGCCGCAGUCUGACGGUCGAGAAGCACGGUAUGUACAGGGUCGGCGUCCCGCCCGGGCCGCUCGGGGUCUCGUUCGUAGAUGGCACGUGCACCGUGCAUGUGGUAAAAACGACGUCGCCGCUCCUGGGCGCGACGAAGGCGGGCGACACGCUUCUGUCCGUGGAUGGCAAGCCGGUGACGCCGGCGACCAUCUUCGACGUCAUCAAGGCGGCGGACGAUGGAACCGGCGAGCGCAAGCUCGUCUUCCGGACCUAUGGAGGCACGCCCGCGGGCAUGACGGCGGGCGGCACGUGGGUCGAACAGGUCUACGUGGGCCCGGAGACGAAGAAAUGGGCGUGCCUCGCGUGCCUCUUCUUCGGCUUGCCGGGACUGUGCAUCUUAAUGUUACCCGGGGACAAGCGCAUGGUCUACGUCAACCUCGCAAAAAACGCAAAAGCCGGGGCCGGGCAGGGCGGCCCUGCCCGACGGCACGAUCGUCGAAUACACGAAGGUCGGUCAGAUCGUUACCUCGUACCGUAG